AUGAUAUUACAUUCAACCACACUCAACAUGUUGAAGUCCAAGCAAUUGCUAAAACAAUGGGUAAAAGAAUGUGCUAGCUUUUCGCCCGCAAAUUUUAAACUGAAGCGCGCCUUGAUUGUGUCCAAGCUUUCACGGUAUGAGUUUGAGCAAAUGCGUCAUCCGGAUCUCUCGCGGGAACAGCUGGAGCAGAAGCUACGAGAUCGCGGCACCGAUGUGGAGAACAUGCUCUACUUGCAUAACCUGCACAAGGAUUUCGAGCGUCGCAUCGUACGCAGCUUCAGGAAUGUUGGCUGCGAGGUAAAGCUGUCGAGCAGACUUGAAUUUAGAAGCUCUCUGAGCAAGGAUGUGAUGAGCUGGGCUGAUGUUAUUGUGCCCGUUGGCGGUGAUGGUACCUUUUUGCUAUCAGCGAAUCGUGCCAGUCCCCUCUUUGCCCUCAGCCAGCAGAAAACACCGAUUGUUGGCUUCAAUUCCGACCCACAGCACUCGGAAGGACGGCUGCUGCUGCCCAAACACUACUCCGAGAAUCCCGAGGAGGCAGUCAAUCGCAUUAAAUCCGGCGACUUUAAGUGGGUGCAUCGAUCACGCAUACGCACCACCAUGCUGGGCAAUAAUGGCGCUAUACCCGAGUCCACGGAUCUAUUCAGACAUACAGCGGUUAAAAUGGAGCAGGUUGAUACAGCGCCAGAGGAAUUGGAUUGGAAAAUGGCUGACAAGUAUAAAGCUAAAAUGAAGCGAAUUCUACCAUACUUGGCAUUAAACGAGGUUUUCAUUGGAGAACAACUUUCGGCACGCGUGUCGCAUUUGCAGCUGGUGCUCAAUCAUCAGGAUGUGGUUAAUAAAACCAAAUGCUCGGGGCUAUGCGUCAGCACAGGCACUGGCUCCACUUCGUGGCAUACGAGCAUCAAUCGGAUUACCAGCAGCGAUGUGGACGAUCUGCUCAAAUCACUGCCCAAUAGCUGUGCACCGCAAAUUCUUCAAUUGCGUGCAAAUGUUGAGGAAAUCGCUCAGUGCUACAAUCAGGGACUGCUUUUCCCACCUGAUGAUCCGCGUCUAUGCUACUCCAUACGCGAGCAGAUCUGUGUAGGCGUUUGGCCUUCACCAAAGACAUUUAAGGCACGGGACUUUGUGCAGACCGUGUUUAUAAAAUCGCACUGCAUGGAUGCCAGUCUGGUCAUUGAUGGCAGUAUCUCGUAUCCAUUUAACGAUGGCGCCAAGGUGUUGCUCGAGAUUCAUCCAGAGGAUGCGCUGUUAACCAUCGCCCUAGACUGAAAAAAAACCUUAAACACUAAACCCAAGUGCCUGCUUCACAUAUAAAUUAAAGGCUGCUACAGCUGCAUUUUUUUAAUACGUCUGAAUUUAAAGUACGUACAUAUUUGUAUGCGGAACUGCUUAUUAGUUGUAAGCUCAAAAGUUAUUUGUUAUUAAAUUACACAGAUAUAUACAUAUAUGUUA